AUGCGAAAUGAGCCGGGACCAGUGGCUGACAAGCAGAACGAAACGAAGAAUGAAAUGGAAUGGAAUGGCCGCCCGUUCAUUGUGCUCCGUGAGCUCAGAGCCCCCAAUUAGUCAUUUGCCAACCUCAAUCACGCACAUUUCGCACACAAACUAAUUGGUUCUAAACGGAUAAUACGGACAGCGAUGAGAAAUAUUUACGGACGAAAACGAACGGAAACUAGGAGUGUAACGGAAAAAAGUGAAAAAAAAGUGAAUGGGAAAACGAGGUGAGUCAGCAGGAAAGGUAAGGAAAGAACCUUGAUUGGAACGGAGACGGAGACGCCAAGGAUAGGAAAAAAAGUAUUUAUUGCACAAGUGUCAAGCAAAAAAGAGUAUUUGAUCUAUAAAAGUUGGCAAUAAAGUUCUGUCACCUCAAUAUUUGCUUUGUCUAAAACUAGUACUUGUAUUGUUUUAGAUGGUUUGAGCAACCAGCUCCGUAAAUGACUAAAAAACCUGAAAAACGCUUGAGAAUUUUGUAUUUACAGAAAAAGACUUUUGCUAAAGUUAGUUUGAAAACACAUUAUGGUUCGAUUCAGCAUGAAAAUCACUGAACCACGUCGAAUUAAGCCUGAAAUUGUUUGAAAGCAGUGGGACGAGUGUUUUCAGAAGCGUCGCGGUCGCGUCGCGCUACCGUAACCUGCCUGAUCUACCCGAUUUGGCCUCUUUUCGCAGCUCGUCCGUCGAAGAAACCGACUGUUUCGCUGGUGUUUUCUGGAAUGUUUUGCUCGUUUUCAGGUCCGUCGGUCUCACUCGUUCGGUCCCUUCGCUCACAUUUCCCUGCUUUUCUUGAUUUGGUUUUUUUUCGAAAAUAUCUUUUAGGAAACUCAAUCAUUUCCAUUUAGAGUGUGAGCUUUCAAUUCUUUUCCUGUUCUGUGCUUGUGUAAUUAGACAAAUUCUCUUAAUUUCAAAGAUUUUUUUCACUUUGCAAUAUUCUGCCCUUUUUCAGCCACCUCGUUCGCGUCGCCAUGUCGCACCUCAACUACGAGACUCGUCUUCCGCUCGGACAGGCCACCGUCGACCACUUCCUCCGUCUGCCGCCUCAUCCAACCAAGUGCCAGGCGACGUACGUCUGGAUCGACGGCACCGGCGAACACCUCCGCUCGAAGACGCGCACGUUCGAGAAGGGAGCGCCCGCGAGCAUCGAGCACUAUCCGAUCUGGAACUACGACGGCUCAUCGACCGGACAGGCGGAAGGCGUCGACUCGGAUCGCUACUUGCGCCCAGUCGCCGUCUUCCCCGACCCGUUCUUGGGCGGUUCGAACAAGUUGGUGAUGUGUGACACGCUGGACCACGAGAUGAAGCCCACUAGUGAGUUACAAAAACCGUCUUCAUAACCUUGCGUUCCCUUCAGAGACCAGUCACCGCGAUUACUGCGCCGGCGUCAUGAAGGCAGUGGCCGAUUCGCACCCGUGGUUCGGAAUGGAGCAGGAGUAUCUGAUUGUGGACCGUGACGAGCACCCGCUCGGAUGGCCGAAGCACGGAUACCCGGCCCCACAAGGCAAGUACUACUGCGGAGUGGGGGCGGACCGCGCGUUCGGCCGCGAAGUCGUCGAGACUCACUACCGCGCCUGUCUGCACGCUAACAUUAGCAUCUGCGGAGUGAACGCGGAGGUCACUCCCGGACAGUGGGAAUUCCAAAUCGGCACUUGCGAAGGCGUCGACAUGGGAGAUCAACUGUGGAUGGCGAGAUACAUUCUGCACAGGUAGGCAAACGAAAACCUUGUAAGUUCUAUGGAUGAUUUCAGAGUGGCCGAGCAGUUCGGAGUGUGCAUCUCCCUGGACCCCAAACCGAAAGUGACCAUGGGCGAUUGGAACGGCGCCGGCUGCCACACCAACUUCUCGACGACGGAAAUGCGUGCCGCGGGCGGAAUAAAGGCGAUCGAAGCGGCUAUGGCGGGACUCGAACGGACGCACUCGGAGGCGAUGAAGGUGUACGACCCGAACGGCGGCAAAGACAACCUCCGUCGGCUCACCGGAAAGCACGAGACUAGCAAUCCGAACAAGUUCUCCUGGGGAGUCGCCAACCGCGCGUGCUCCGUUCGCAUUCCGCGACAAGUGAGCCAGGACGGCUGCGGAUACCUCGAGGAUCGCCGUCCUUCGUCCAACUGCGACCCGUACCUGGUGACGGCGAUGAUUGUGCAAAGUGUGCUGCUCCUCUAA